AAAGCCAGUGAGGAGGAGAAGUCCAUGGAGAACGGAGUGGCUCAGGAGCUGGGGGCUGCAGAGGCCUCACCUGAGGUGGGGAGAAAGGAGGACAGUGGCCCUGCUGCCCACUCUCACGGCUCGCAGCCCCCCCCACGGGUGCGGCCCAGGCUGGUAUUCCACACGCAGCUGGCCCAUGGCAGCCCCACCGGGAAGAUUGAGGGCUUCACCAAUGUGAAGGAGCUGUAUGCCAAAAUCGCCGAGGUCUUCAGCAUCUCUCCAACUGAGAUCCUAUUUUGCACACUCAACACCCACAAAGUGGACAUGCAGAAGCUGCUGGGGGGGCAGAUCGGCCUGGAGGACUUCAUCUUUGCACACGUCCGGGGCGAGACCAAGGAAGUGGAGGUGAUGAAGACGGAGGAUGCUCUGGGGCUGACCAUCACGGACAAUGGGGCAGGCUAUGCCUUCAUCAAGAGGAUAAAAGAAGGGAGCAUCAUCAACCGCAUCAAGACCGUGUGUGUGGGCGACAGCAUCGAGGCCAUCAAUGACCAGACCAUUGUGGGCUGCCGCCAUUACGAAGUUGCCAAGAUGCUGAGGGAGCUGCCCAGGUCCCAGACCUUCACCCUCAGGCUGGUGCAGCCCAAAAAGGCAUUUGAUAUGAUUGGUCAGAGGACGAAGAGCAGCAAGUGCCCAGGCGAAGGCAGGGUGACCAGUGGGAAGGAAACGUUGCGACUCCGCACAAAGGGCACUGCCACCCUAGAGGAGUUGCCCAGCGAGUUCGAGGAGGAGGCUGCCCAGAAGGUGGACGACCUGCUGGAGAGCUACAUGGGCAUCCGGGACUCAGAUCUGGCCUCGACCAUGGUGGAGACGGCGAAGGAGCGACCGAGCCCUGAGGAAUUUGCCAAGGGCUUGGACUCAGUGCUGGGCGAGUUUGCCUUCCCUGGCGACUUCGUGGCUGAGGUCUGGGCAGCCAUCAGCGAAGCCAAGGCGGGCAGGAAGUAGCAUGGUGCUGCGAGCACUUGUUCUGCGUCUCCCCACCUUCCCCAAUGCCGUUGGGUCUUCCUCCCCCAGCUCCCAUCCCUGAUGUGUCUCCCCUGCCUUCCACUCCAAGCAGGGGCGCAGGGGCUCAGCUCAUGCGGUUUCCCUCCGGGCAGCCUUCAGCCUGCGUCCU